AUGUUCCUGUGUUAUACCCCUGUGUACAUAAAGAAGAAGAUUAGUGAGGAUCUGUCUCCAGAGAGAAGCAUCAGCCUGUUCCACUGUCUGAAUGAACUGAAUGAUCGUUCUCUGGUGGAGGAGAUCCAACAGUCCCUGAGAUCAGGACGUCUGUCCACAGAUGAACUGUCUCCUGCUCAGUGGUCAGCUCUGGUCUUCAUCUUACUGUCAUCAGAAGAAGAUCUGGACGUGUUUGACCUGAAGAAAUACUCUGCUUCAGAGGAGGCUCUUCUGAGGCUGCUGCCAGUGGUCAAAGCCUCCAACAAAGCUCUGCUUAGCGGCUGCAACCUCUCAGAGAGAAGCUGUGAAGCUCUGUGCUCAGUUCUCAGCUCUCAGUCCUCUGGUCUGAAAGACCUGGACCUGAGUAACAAUGACCUGCAGGAUUCAGGAGUGACGAUUCUGCUUGCUGGACUGGAGAGCCCACGCUGUACAUUGGAAACUCUCAGUUUGAGGGGCUGUAACCUCUCAGAGGGAAGCUGUAAAGCUCUGUCCUCAGUUCUCAGCUCCUGGUCUAAUCUGAGAAACCUGGACCUGAGUAACAACAACCUGCCAGAUUCAGGACUGAAGCUGCUGUUUGCUGGCAUUACGAGUCCACACUGUACACUGGAAACUGUCAGGUUGGAGCCUGGUGGAGUCCGAUGGUUGAGACGAGGUCUGAGGAAGUAUUCCCGCAAACUCACAAUCAACACAAACACAGUAAACGGAAAGAUCAAACUUUGGGACAACGGCAGGAAGGUGACACACCAGAGAGACGAUCAGUCAUAUCCCGAUCAUCCGGACAGAUUCGACUUCUGGCCUCAGCUGCUGUGCACAAAUGGUCUGACUGGUCGCUGCUACUGGGAGGUGGAGUGGAGCGGAGAGGUGUUCAUAUCAGUGAGUUACAGAGGAAUCAGGACGAGAGGAGACGGAGCCGACUGUUUGUUUGGAGGGAGUGAAGAGUCCUGGAGUCUGAGCUGCUCCGAUGGUUGUUUCUCUGUCUGUCACAAUAACAGACCAAAGUCCAUCACCACCUCCUCCUCCUCCUCCUCCUCCUCCUCCACCUCCUCCUCCUCCUCCUCCUCUGGUAGAGUAGCAGUGUAUGUGGACUGUCCUGCAGGCUCUCUGUCCUUCUUCAGAGUCUCCUCUGACUCACUGAUCCACCUCCACACCUUCAGCACCACGUUCACCGAGCCUCUUUGUCCUGGGUUUGGGUUUGGGCUCUGGUUUGGUUUGUCUGGUUCCUCAGUGUCUCUGUGUCCUCUGUAGGUGUCCUCCUGAGAGAAACGUUCCCACCGCUGACCAGAUAGUUUGGUCUUUACAAGAUAGGCAUGUCCCAAUACCUGAUAUUUAGUUCAUACCAAUAUCAGUCAAAUUCUUCAAUUCAAAACCACUGUACAAAAACAAAAAACAAAACCAUAAAUCCCACAUGUAUAAACACACACUCCGUAUUAAAAUGCAGUUCUUAAUCCCGAAUGACCUGUCUCUAAUGUGAAGUGCUAUGGAGUGUUGAAGGGAUGACAUAUUUUUGUAGGCCAACCAGGAAGUUAGCGUCACAAUGGUUCCCUUGCCAAAAACCUUAAGGUCAUUUUGAAUGGCAUUUUCGAUUAUCGCCAAAAAUAAGCUCUGUGACGAACACAAGUUUGUGAUGCUUACAGGUUUUGCUCAGCAUGAUAAUCUUCACAGAUGAACUCCACUUUUGUGUGUUUUGAAGCUUAAAUGAAAUUGGCAGAAGCACAAAGCUGUUGUCAGGCAAAAAACAAACUACGUCGUGGUUGCACCACCUAAACGUCACCACCCUGAAUUGUUCUGCUUCUGAUUUGAUUUAGCGCUUGAUUUUCCACAAAACUUUCUCCUGUUAGCGUGAGCUGAUCUAGCAAACGAUCAUGGCUAUGUCACGCUAGUCUCACCGGUAGUCUCUAGCUGUGUUUGAAACCGUCCCCUCUCACGGACGUAGUGUACUAUAUAGUGUGUUCACCAUGCUGUAGUGGUGUUUAACGUUUAGCGGCUGAUUCAUAUCAUCAGGGAACAAGGUGGAACCGUAGUAAGUUUCCAGCCCAGUUAUGUUGAAAGAAUAAAGUGAUAUCUGAUGUUUGAUUAGCUCCAAUGAACAACAAGCAGAACCAGCUGUAAAUGUGCAGAGAUCACGGCAGAGCCGAUACUCAGGGACUGUUCUGCAUCUGUGCUGCUUCCUGACAGUUUGGGGAAUCUUCCUCUCUAUAGUUCACUUAAUAUUAUUUUCAGCAUUAUUUUUGUGCAGUUCAAGUUGACAUAAGAAAAUGGGAAAAAAAUGGGAAUAUCAAAUCAAUCAAUUUGCUCUUGAAAACUGUCUUUGACAAAAAUACGAUUUUCUCUGCUUUUUUGCCUGAAAUGUCUUUUUUUAAAAUUAUAAUGCACAAAUUCAGAUGCUGAUUAAAAAAGGA